AUCGCUCCUGGGGGCCUUGAGCUCCGCCCCAGGGCUACGCCAGCCCGGCAGCGGCUUCCGGGAGCGAGGAUGGCGGCCGAAGCGAGCGCCGUUGCAGCCAUUGAUGCGGCAGAGAAGGCGCGAGGGAAAUAUGCUGCUCUCUCCUUUGCCGGCAUUGCCAUCGUGGUGGGGCUUCCGCUCUGGUGGAAGACGACAGAGACCUACCGCGCUGCGCUGCCUUACUCGGAGAUCGCUGAGCUGGACACCCUUCUGUUCCAGCUGACGGUCCCCGUCUCGGUGGUGUUUGCCAAGGGGACCCUUCCAGGAGAUCUGGAGCGGAAACUGCCCUUUAGGAAACCGCAGGAGGCCGAGAUCCCCUUGAACCCCAAGACCAGCGUCACGUCCCGCUAUGAGGUCUCCUACCGCCGAGCCACUUCUCAGGAGGAGAAGACUCUGUCCCGGGCCUCGGAGCCAGAGGCGGGCAAGGGGCUCCUUCCAGCGCAAGAGGCGGCUGUGGGCUCCCUCACCAUCUACGUGAUCCCGAGAAACUCUGUUCUCCUGCCACAGGAGGUCCCCGUCUACAUCGGCAAGCGGCGCAGCGCAGUGGUGCGGGCCCCUCGGGGCUCGGGAGACGUCCUGGCAGCUGUGGAUGCCCAGGUCGGAGAAGUCGCCCGUGCCAUGUCCUUCAGCCUGGAUUCCAUCGCAGAGGCCCUCUCUGACCGCGUUCCCCUCGGCCAGCCGGGCGCAGAGUGGAAGCGCCCUUUCAAAUCCAGUCUGGGAUACGAGGUGACCUUCAGUCUGCUGAACCCCGACCCGAGAGCUCUCAGUGUCCACUGGGAGAUUGAGGGGGCCAUUCACCGCUACGUGGACCCCCUCCUGGGGAAGCUGAGUACACUGGCCGAGUUCUCCGUGGACUCUCAGAUCCUCUACUACGCCGCCCUGGGGGUCACGCCCCGCUUUGACGCUGCUUCCUCCAGCUACAUCCUGAGCGCCCACAGCCUCCCGCACGUCAUUAACCCCGUGGAAGCCAGGCUGGGUUCCAGCGCCUCCUCGCUCUACCCGGUCCUCAAUUUCCUGCUCUACGUGCCGGAGCGCCUGCACUCACCCCUCUACAUCCAGGACAAGGAUGGCGCUUCCGUCCCCACCAACGCCUUCCACAGCCCCCGCUGGGGCGGGAUCAUGGUGUACAACGUGGAGCGUGAGACGGCCAACGAGACCUCCCUCCCGAGGAGGGUGGAUGUUGACAUGACGCGGGUGAUGGAGGUGUUUCUGGCGCAGCUGCGCUUGCUGUUUGGGAUCCUGCCGGGUCCCCUGCCGGAGGGGGCCAUCCUCGAAAGCCCCGGGAACGAGGGUCUCUGCGACUGGGAGCUGGACCGCCUGCUGUGGGCUCGGACGGUGGAGAACGUGGCUACCGUCUCCACCACCCUGACCUCCCUGGCUCAGCUGCUGGGCAAGAUCAGCAACAUCGUCAUCAAGGACGACGUGGCUUCCCAGGUGUACCACGCUGUGGCAUUCGCCCAGGAGGCGCUGGCUGAGCUCAGCCAGGGGCGCCUGGACUCUGCCUUCCAGGCCAGCAAGGCCGCCAUCAACGCCUCAGAGAGGGCCUUUUUUGACCCAUCCCUCCUCCACCUCCUCUACUUCCCCGACGACCAGAAGUUCGCCAUCUACAUCCCCCUCUUCCUGCCCAUGGCCGUCCCCAUUCUGCUGUCGCUGGUGAAGAUCGGCCGGGAGAUGAGGCAGAGCAAGAAAGCGGCCAUCAAGGUGGACUGAGGCACACGCCCUGCGUGGAGAAGUUGGCGCCCGGGGUGUGCGUGAUGGAGGUCGAGAGAGGGGUCUGGAUGCAACCCUCUCCCUCUUCCUGGGAUGGGGCCCCGUCCUCCUCUUGAUCUGAGUUUCUCUCUCUCUGUGUUGGAGAGUUUGUAGCGGCUGAUCUCCACCGCCCUCCCUGCGAGGCCUGCCGCUGGAUUCAAAGGGUGCUGCCGAGACUGGGAUGGGCCCACCCAAAGAAGAACGCUGUGGCGUUUGGGAUAUUAUUAUUAUUGCCAUUGGAAACAACUUCCGUUGUUUUAUAUAGAAGGCACAGUUGCAUCCCGUUGCUACAAACACUCUCAGCGAAAACCAAGCGAAAAGCCGAAAUUCAUAAUUGUAUUCUCCCCAGCAGCCAGCUACCCCAUCCAGACUCUCUUGAUCCUACAAUAUUGUCUUCACUCUUUGCAAAGUCCACACACACACACAAAAAAACAGGCGCCCACAACAUAAAUAAGUAUAAAUUUGUACGUUUGGAUAUAAGGAGUUUAAAUGUGCCGAAAAUGUCUUAGGCAGAGGGCAAAUGAAGAAACGAGAAGUUUUGAGAAAACCACAAGCCAACGGCAAAUAAAUGAUGCGUAAUGAAAUACUUCAAUAGCCAGCUAUUGUUUCUAAAAUUCGAUGUAAAUAUUAAUCGCAUCACACCCCCCCAAACGGAUGAAAUAAAAAAAUUCCUUCCAGUAGCACCUUAGAGACCAACUAAGUUUGUUAUUGGUAUGAGCUUUUGUGUGCUAAAGCUCAUACCAAUAAAAAAAUUACUCGGUUUCUAAGGUGAUACCGGAAGGAAUUUUUUUAUUUUGUUUUGACUACGGCAGACCAACACGGCUACCUACCUGUAACCCAAACGGAUGGUUUGGGAAAUAUUAUCUCCCUGGGGUUGUGGAUUUGGUGCUUUUUUAAAAACAGAUUUUCCUUUUUGCAGAAAUAAGUUUAGGAAGAAUGCAGUGGGAUGGAUUGCGCCACUUCUCCUAUUUCUGCCCCCCCCGUUCAUUUUAAGGGUGGCCCCCAAUAAAUCUUCUUCACUUGCAGGGCUAUGAAGGGGCUUCCUCCUUGGUUUGCCAUGGAAAGUGCAUGUUGGCAUAAAUUCUGCCCUUGUUGAUGGAGAGGAUGGCAUGUGCCAACUACCAAAGGACACUUAGGGAUGUUCAAUAAAAGUCUGGUUGGAUGGA